AUGCCUCGUAUAAAAAAAGAGAGUUCAGAUAGUAAAGAAACGCAACAACGAUCAAUAUUUGAAUUUACUCAGAGAAGAGAUCAUAAAACAACAGUUAUUAAACGUGAAGGUGUAUCACAAUCCAGUACAUCUACCACCACAACGGUCAUUGGUAAAUCAGAGACCUAUUCCCAUGAUACAGUAUUAUGUCCUAUAUGCAAUGAGAACAUCAAUCAUUUGGAUAUACGUCAAAGGACAGAUCACGUCGACACAUGUUUAGUACGCGUUACUUUUGUUGAAACUUCGACGUCCACUGUUACAACCAAGAAGGAAAUAUCACCAACAGCAAUAUCUCAAAAUGAACGAUUCAAAUCGAAAUCAUUAUCUUCCCCUGAACUUGAACAGUCGGCAAAGAAGAAGAGAAAACUAGAUCCUAAUGAUCCAAAGGUUAAAUAUGUGAAUGGUGAAACAGAUACCAAUAAAGAACAAAAAACCAUUAAACCCCCAACAAGCAUUAAAGCAACAAGCAAAAAACCAAUACCUGAUCUUAAAAUCAUGGUAUUCCCUGUACUGAAGGAUUAUGUAUCAACUUAUAAAGUUGCAGUUGACGCGUUUAAUUUUGCCCCACAUUCUGAAAUCGACCAAUAUUUUUUGACCCAUUUUCACGCUGAUCAUUAUGGGGGCAUAUCCAAGAAAUGGGCUUAUGAAAGAGUAUUUGGAUUGGAGGAUAUGGAUUAUGAGAAUGACUCCAAAUAUAGAAAAAUAAUAUAUUGCACUGGAAUAACAGGAAGAUUGCUUACAUUGCGGUUCUCGAUUGACCCUAGAUUUAUCAAAGAGUUAGAGCUAGAUACUCGAUAUAAGAUUAAGAGUUACACAGAUGACUUCAUCGAGAAUUUUGGGGUGGAAAGUAAUGAUGAGGAUCCCGGGCUUUAUGUUGUUCCAAUAUGUGCCAACCAUUGUCCAGGAGCAGCCAUUUUCUUGUUUGAAUCUAUUGGAUUAGAUAACCAAAUACAUCGAAUAAUACAUUGUGGUGAUUUUCGUGUCAACAAGGAGAUUUUAGACAAUCCCACUCUACGACAGUUUAGUUUGAAUAAAAAGAACACCAUUGAUGGAGUUUUGAAGAUAGAUCAAGUAUAUCUAGACACCACUUAUAUGUCACCAAAACAUAACCUUCCAAAACAAGAGUUGGUGUGCGAUGUUGUGGCAGAUUUAUUUCAUGACUUAGCACGAGAACAAUCAAACAAAUCCUCUUUGUUUGCCAAUUGGUUUGGAGCUUUGACUCAAUCUAGAAUAACUGAUUUUUGGAGAGCAAAGGCUGGACCAACAAUUAUAAAGAAAAAGAAAUUUUUGAUUGUAAUUGGCACUUAUAUCAUAGGUAAAGAGAAGCUAGCUUUGGCUAUACUGAAACGUCUCAAAUGUAUGAUUUAUGUGCUGAACAUUGGUGCUCGAAGGGAUAAGUAUGAUAUAUUCAAGACAUACCAGGAUCCAUACUUGGAACUGGUACUAUCUGAUAACGAGUUUGGCAAUGAUAAUGAUGACUUUGUUAUUCAUUUAGUCCCCAUGACAAUAGUUGGUACAGUGGAAGAAUUAUCAAAUUAUUUCAAUCACAAUAGAUACUAUGAAAAUUUUGAAAGGUGUAUUGGGCUUUGUCCAACUGGUUGGAGUUUCAAUCAAUACAAACGACCAAAACGUUUUGGCUCCCCACCAAGAAACGAAUUAGAAGAAAUUAUCCAAAUUAUGGAAAACCAAACUUCAUUUAGUUAUGUCGAUGAUAUACUAGCACAAGUACCGAAAACCACUAAAGUUACGAAAGGCAAACCCGAUAUUGGAUUGUACAGACUGUAUGCUAUACCCUAUAGUGAACAUUCUUCCUUUAGAGAAUUGGCAUACUUUGUCACAUUUUUCAACAUCGACAAAGUAAUACCAACAGUGAAUACUGAACGUGAAGAAAGUAACCAGAAAAUGGAGGGACAUAUAGCAAUCUGGGAAUUGGCAAGAAAAUUAAUCACUAACCAAAAAGUCGAACUAGAAAUCGAUCAAGAUUUGGUUGACAGAUUAAAAGAGAUUUCCUUGGAUACAUUUUAA